AGGCGGAGCCGGGUUCUGGCAGCGCAGGAGCCGGGCAGCAGAGCCAGGCUGGGCUGGCACUCACCCACGACCCCCCUUCCCUGCUAUGAUGGCCCGUCAGUAGCAGGUUCCAGACCCCCCGGGAGCAUGUAGGCUGAGCUAGCGGCAGCCAGGUGCGCAGAGCCACAAGAGCUCCAGGGCACUCUGGGGGCAGCUCUGCCUGCUGCACUCUCUGGUGCCUGGGGAAAUGCCCAACUGACGGGCGAGCUGGUGAGGACAAGAACGUCCCCUUUGGCCCGAGUCCUCUGCAUCCAUGGCGCUGACGGCCAGGCUGGUGCCCCUGUGCUGCUUGGCACUUUUGGCGCUGCCCGCCCAGAGCUGCGGGCCGGGCCGGGGACCGGUUGGCCGGCGCCGCUACGUGCGCAAGCAGCUGGUGCCAUUGCUCUACAAGCAAUUUGUGCCCAGCGUGCCCGAGCGGACCCUGGGCGCCAGUGGGCCUGCCGAGGGGAGAGUGGCAAGGGGCUCUGAGCGCUUCCGGGAUCUGGUGCCCAACUACAACCCCGACAUCAUCUUCAAGGAUGAGGAGAAUAGUGGUGCAGACCGCCUGAUGACCGAGCGCUGUAAGGAGCGGGUGAACGCGCUGGCCAUUGCCGUGAUGAAUAUGUGGCCGGGAGUGCGCCUGCGGGUGACCGAGGGCUGGGAUGAGGACGGCCACCAUGCUCAGGACUCUCUCCACUACGAAGGUCGUGCCUUGGACAUCACCACGUCUGACCGCGACCGCAAUAAGUAUGGGUUGCUGGCGCGCCUGGCAGUGGAAGCCGGCUUCGACUGGGUCUACUACGAGUCCCGCAACCACGUCCACGUGUCGGUCAAAGCCGAUAACUCCCUGGCCGUCAGGGCAGGCGGCUGCUUUCCGGGAAACGCCACCGUGCGCCUGCGGAGCGGCGAGCGGAAGGGGCUUCGAGAACUGCACCGCGGUGACUGGGUGUUGGCGGCAGAUGCGGCAGGCCGGGUGGUGCCCACGCCCGUUCUGCUCUUCCUGGACCGGGACUUGCAGCGCCGGGCCUCCUUCGUGGCUGUGGAGACCGAGCGGCCCCCGCGCAAGCUGUUGCUCACGCCCUGGCACCUGGUGUUCGCUGCUCGAGGGCCCGCGCCCGCGCCGGGCGACUUUGCGCCGGUGUUCGCACGCCGGCUGCGCGCGGGGGACUCGGUGCUGGCGCCCGGCGGGGACGCGCUUCGGCCGGCGCGCGUGGCCCGCGUGGCGCGCGAGGAAGCCGUGGGCGUGUUCGCGCCACUCACAGCACACGGGACGCUGCUGGUCAACGACGUCCUGGCCUCGUGCUACGCGGUUCUAGAGAGUCACCAGUGGGCACACCGCGCCUUCGCUCCUUUGCGCCUGCUGCACGCGCUGGGGGCGCUGCUUCCGGGCGGGGCAGUCCAGCCCACCGGCAUGCACUGGUACUCUCGGUUCCUCUAUCGCUUGGCGGAGGAGCUACUGGGCUGAAUGCGUCCGACGUAGAAACCUCGAGGCGUCUGCGGAAACCCGGCCGUAUGGGCUGAGAUCUGGCGGUGUGGGCAGCAGAGGAUGCUGACUCGGGAAGGCAGGGAGGAGGGGAUAGGGAGAAAAAUGGACGCGAGACCGGACUGCUUGGUUUAGGGGCAACCUCCAUCGGAGCGGAGAGGAGAUCCCCGGUCAUAGGUAGUUGGGGUCGAUGGUGGAUACUCCUUGAAGAGGACUAUUUCACCUCUUCUUCCCGAGUGCCUCAGCCCCAACCAAUUAUUUUAUUUUAUUUUCUAUUUAUAUAAAUUGUAAUAUAAUGAUCUGCUUGCCCCGCCUGGCAAGGUGAGGGUCCAGGGCCCGGCGUUAACACUGUUUGACACA